AUGCGGCAGCUGCAGCAGACCGUGGAGGAGUUGGACGUUGGACUGCUGGUGAACAACGCGGGCGUGCUGGAGCCCAGCGCGGUGUUCCUGCACGAGGCCGACGUGGAGGCAUGUGUGGAUAUGAUACGGGUGAACCUGCUAGCGCUGACCGAGGUGACGGCGGCAGUGAUUCCCGGCAUGGUGAAUCGCGGGAGGGGAGCUGUGGUCAACUUGGGCUCGGCUUCGUCAGAGGCCAUCCCAUCCUUACCCCUCUACACGAUGUACGCCGCAACUAAACGCUAUGUCGCUCGGUUCUCGAAAUGUCUUCACGUUGAGUAUAGACGCAAAGGAAUCGAUGUGCAAUGCCAGGCACCGUUCUUCGUGGAUGGCACAAUGGCGUCAAGAUUCGCCGAGGCCAGGCGUUUUGUGCCAUUGACGCCAACGCCAGACGCCUACGCCCGCGCGGCAGUGCGCUGGAUCGGACACGGCCCACUAUGCGUGCCCAACUUCCGACACCAGAUAAUGUGGUUCUUUGCGGGAAUUGCGCCUGACUUUUUGCAAGAUGGAAUCCUCCUGCGUGAUCACCUAUGGCAAAGAAAUGAGUUACAGAUAACGAGGUCUUUGCCCGAGGUGUGCCCUAUUAAGCAAGGUGGACAUGCGGCUGCCUGAAGCUGUGUUUGCCAGACAAUUAAUUGCGUAAAACGCUUACUCUACUACCUCCGGGUAGGAAUAUAACCGACGCACAUGAAUUUAAGUCUGUAAUCUAUUCUACUCUCUACUAUUAAAGGGAGUCGGUAGCGUUUACUCCACUGCGGUUAAUCCUCUCCCACCUAUUUUUUCAUAUCGUACCGAUAUAUUUAAACCAGGUUUUAGCCUAUGCCCUAUUUAAACC